GGCACGCCAGCGAGGGAGGGCACACAUGGGGGGGGGUGGGAUCUGCUGCCGGCCCUGCCCUGCCCCAGCAACUGCUGGCCGGAGCCCAGCAAGGCAAAGGGUGGGUCCCUGAGAGGGAUGAGCCCAAGGGCAGGACUUGCUGGGCCCCUCCCUUCCCCUCCCCAUUCCCCAGAGAAGGCCCAUGCAGGAUCAGGCCCACACGAGGCUGUUGCUAGGAUGCUCCGGAGGGGCCCGGGAUUUGUGUGGGGCACUCAGCGGGCAGCAGCUUCCUUGCCCCCCUGCUGGGAGCAGGACUCCUGUCUUGGGCUGUGAACACUUGGGGAACAGCUUGACUCAGGAAUCCAGGCACUGCUGGCUCAGCGCCGAGACGUCCAGGGCCCCCUCGCGGGCGAGGUCAGCCUGUGCCAGCUUGGGGGGCCCACAAGACAAAGGCCAUGGCUGUCACUGGCUCUGUGCUGCCCCCAUCUCACAGGCAUGGGCCCUCCAGCCCGCCCCCACGGCCAUCCCCAGGCCAUGAGCACCCCCUGCCCCAUAGCUGCCUGCUGCCCCCACUGCUGCACGAGUAGGCUGGGGGCGCAGCCCCGCCCUGGCAGAGCUCAGUCUGGGAGGCUCUGGAGCAGCAGGGAAGAGGUAUUCUGGGGGGUGCCUUUAGCAGGGCACACUUGGGGGGGUGUAUUGGGGUGGGGGUACAUGGCAGCUUACAGGGAGCUCGUGCUCUCUGGGAUGCCCAUUCCAGUAUCACCCUACUGACACUAUGGGGAGGGGGAGACUGGGGCAUUGCUCAGGGAGUCCUUCCCCUGCCCCCCCACCUCCCUGGGGUGGAGUAUGCAGCUUCCUCAGCCCAGCCCCCCAGCACUGAGAACCACCCCCCAACGAGCAGAGCCUGAGUAGCGUUACCACCUUUGACCUGCAAAAAGAACCAGGAUGCAAGGCAAACCUGCUGCCACCCCAACCACAAGGCAACUCAGCAACCCCUCCCACCCACACCCCCUAAAAAACCAGCCACUUCCAGUACCCAGCGAGAGCACAGACAGACAACAUUGCACAUCUCCUCACAUGCACGGGACUCAGCCCCUCUCUUGCACACGAGUGGGGCCCUUGCGGGGCUCUGGGCAGGCAGCUGCUGCAUUUUCACCAGUUUGGAUUGGUUCUCAGUCGUACUGCGGAAGCAGGAAAGCUGCAGCAGCUUCGGUCCGACACCGAAACUUUUACCACGAGCCAGCCCCGUGCGUUGGAAGAAUAAUGCAAAUCCUUAGACCCACAUAAAAAACCCGGCAGAUUAAAUUAUUUUUCUGGCAAAUUGAUAAAUCACUGGCCAGGCUGGUCAAAUACCAACCAGAUGGGAACCCACCUGGCACAGAGGAGGCACAUACAGGCCUGACCGAAGUAGCAGGCUGCCCAGCGAGGGGCUGCCAGGACCACGGGGUGCUCAGGGCCUCCGGGAGCUGGGCCAGCUGCUCCUGGACCCCUGGCCAUGGCUCGUUGCCUGCCACAGGGUCCCCAUAGGUGGAGCACGCCCCCUCUGCAGCCUCCCCUGCCCCUGCCACAGGGACCCACUGAGCCAGGAGUCAGAGACCUGGCUCCAGCCACGCAGCGGAGCUUCUUAGGGGUCAGCACAGGUGCCUCCUGGCCUCCCGGGGCUCCCAGCAGGGUCCUGGGCCAGGCGUACCAGGGACCCCCGUGCGCUGAGGCCUAGGACCGCAGUGCCCUCCUGGGAUCCUGUGUCCAGUUCUGGUGCCCACAAUUCAAGAAGGAUGUCGCUGAACGGGAGAGGGGUCAGAGAAGAGCCGUGAGAAUGAUGAACAGGUUGGCAAACAGCUGCAUCAAUUGAACUUCUCUUUGGGAGGCUACGGGUGAUGCUCACCGUCUGGAAGUACCUAUAGCUCUGCCGUCUAGCAGAGCGCUAACACCCUCCAAUGGUUGGGGGCAGAAGCGAGACACAUUCAGACAGGAAAUGAAGGCGGAUGUUUUAACGGUGAGAGUAAUUAGCCAUCGGAGCAGGUCCCCAAGGGCCGUGGUGGAUCCUCCAUCAUGGACAACUUUUAUCUCGAGACUGGCUGCGUUUUCAAAGGGGAACAUGGAGCAGGUCUCUGGCCUGCGUGGUGCAGCAUGAUCACAACCGGCCCCUCUGCCCUUGCAAUCCCUGCCUGGGGCUGUGACUCGCCCCCCCCCGUGGGCCCCCCCCACAGGGCCAGGAAGGGUGACUGCAGCAAGGUCAACCCAUAUGAGUAAAGCAGAUGCAUUCUUCCCCAGCUGCAGGAGGAGAGAGGCUGCCCAUGGGUGCCUCUGCUGCCUGGACAUGCCGGGGCUAAUGGGACCCCCACACAGUGCAGCAAAGCCCCUCAGUCAGGCCUAGAACCAUAGAUUUAGCCUCCCCGUGAGGCCGCUUGGUGACAGAAACCACCAGCUCAGCAGCCUUGGGGCUGGGUUUAGGGCACAGCUAGCACCGGAGACAUUAGCCUACGUCCCAAAUCUCAGCAUGGGCAGUUGGCCAUGGCUUCCCGAAACUCAGCCUGUGGUUUCAGUUGGAAACUCAUUGGUGUGUCUGUCACCUGCCUCUGUAAUGCAGCCACCUCUGGAGUGGGGCGUGGCUGCUGCACAGCAUGCCAGCAUAGUGCAGGAAGGGGAGUGGGCAUUGUAUCAGAUUGAUGCAGCAGGGCUGGGGAGGAGUGGAAUUUGGCCAGGAGGCGGGGAUCAGGCCCCUGCUUCUGUUAAAUCCCAGCAGCCAAGGCCCCCUGGUGUGGACAUCCUCCCUCCUCCCCCCGCAGCCCCUCACCCUGAGUUGUGGCUGCAGAGCUUUUGUUUGCCACCAAGGUGCCUGGUGGGAAGCACAAAGCAGGAGAAGAGCUGGAGCCAUCAGGUGAGCACUCACAGGCUCCUCCUGGGACGGACCUUUCCCCCACCCCCCAGUUCUCCCCGCCCAGUGCUCUCCCCAAGCCCUGGGGGAGGUGUAUUAAAGACCCAGGCAGCCCCAUCUGCAGGGGUGGCAUGUGGGGAAGAGAGGCUUCUGCUCAGAUCCUGCCAGCUAGACAGGCUGUGGCUUCCCGGCUUCCCCAGCAUCGGCCUGGCUGUGACUCCAGCCCAAAGGCCUGGCACCCUCCUGGCCAGCACCCACUGCUCCAUGAGCAGGAGGGGAAGGGGUCCCAGGAAGGGGUUACCCUGUCCCCAUCUCCUCCAGCCAGCACCCCUCCCGCUGGGGCAGGCCCAGCCCCCAGGCCAUCUGCCUAGGCUCAGCUCGCCCGCCAUGUGCUCCGGGUGCUCUCAGGCACGGCUUGGCACGGCUUGGGGAAGGCAGGCGUGUCCAUGUGGCUGCUGCAGAGAGCCCCUUCCCACCUCCCCUCUGGCCCCGGGUGCCCCGAGGGGCCAGCUGCGUCUGAGUGAGCAGCCCCACAUGGCAGGAAGGGCCCAACCGCUCUCUAAGGCUCACGCAUCCUGUGGGCACCAGCUGAGCCUGGCCCCAAACACAUCAUCUGGGGAGGCAGCUGAAACUUGGCCCAGGUGAGGCCGAGUCUCAUCCCCUAACAGGGCCGGUUCCUCUAGGAUCUGCCCCUCCCCGAUCCCUGCUUGUCUCUGGGCCAGCCUGUCAGGCCCACCUUGCUGCCUGCAGUCCCACCAGCUCCCCACUGCCAUGGGGCUGGGAAGGGCCCCGCCUCGCUCUUGGAGAGGGGAGAGCCGCUCCGGUUCACGCUGUGCUAACCGGUUCCUGGAGGGCCAGCUGUGGGAAGGGGUGGGGAGCAGGAGGAAGACGGCUACACCUGGGAGACUGCUGAGUGUUGCAGGCUGCCCCGACCCGGAGCCUGCCUGGACCUGAAGCCGGGUGCCCCGAGAAGAGAGAAGGACGACAGACCCUAAAAUGAAUGGCACUCUCGCAGCUGACGAGCCAGGCUGCCUAAGAGACCGCCCACCCGCCAGGAUCCUGUCACCCGCUGCAGGCCGAGGCAGAGACAAUGCGAGGGACCCAGGAGACCAAGACCCUGCCAGCUAGCGCUGGGCGGGUACCUCUUCCGAUUUAUCAGUUUAUCUUCCAUCACACUAUCAGCUCAGCUUGUGCUGUACAGCAGAACUACUCAGCAUCCCUAACUCUUGGGGAAGCCAGCACCAUCCUGUUAUCGCGUGUGCCAGGAGUGAGGCUGGUCACCUCCUAUUACCAGGUUCUCAAGGAAAGGCAUGAGUUUGUUAGGUUAAGGUACUUACAAUAGGAAAGUUACCACCAGGAGUUCUGGGAUUCUCUUACUGUUUUGCACUCAUAAGUUUAAUAGUAUUUAUUAUUCUUUUGUUCAUCUCAAUAAAGUUUUUAUCAAAUUAGUAUUGUCCUCAGUGUAAGAGCUUUUGCCAAGCACCCCGAGAGUCCUCUCCCGAUAUAGAGC